UCACCUUGUAAUAGGAAGCGGCAGGGGAGCAGCUACGAGCUUAUGUGUAUCGUGCAUGUGUUUUACUUGUCUACUGUUUGUAGAGCAAUGAUGAGACAUUUGUGAACAAUACUUGAGAACAGAAGACAGGACGGAUUAUUGUGACAAGAUGGGAAGAGGUGGGAAGGCAGAAAACGGUACCAGGAAACUUGGUGUUUUCAGUGUCGAGGAAGUAACGAGCCACAACAAGGCGGAUGACAAAUGGUUGAUUAUUAACGGAAAUAUUUACGACAUAACAACAUGGGCCAAGAAACACCCUGGCGGUGCCAAAGUUAUCAGCCAUUACGCCGGUGAAGAUGCGACGGAUGCGUGGGUGGCGUUUCACAAAGACAGGGAGUUUGUACAGAAGUACAUGAAGGCAUUGCAGAUUGGAGUCGUCAAGGAAUACAAACCCAGUCCUGUGAUACAAGAUUUCCGAGAACUACGCGAGACAGUGGAGAAGUCUGGAUGGAUGAAGAUAAACCCAGUGUUUUUCUUGUGCCAGUUUCUCAGCCUGGUGGCAAUGGAGGUAUCAGCAGCAGCAACGAUGUACUACUAUGGCACAGACUGGCUGCCGUACAUGGUUGCUGUGCUGCUAUAUUCCACAUGUCAGGCCCAAGCAGGCUGGACGCAACAUGACUAUGGCCAUCUGUCUGUCUUCAAAAGUAACAAACUCAACCACUGGGCUCAUAAUUUCGUUAUAGGAUUUAUUAAGGGUGCCUCAUCACAUUGGUGGAAUUUCCGCCACAACCAACACCACUGCAAGCCUAACAUCCUGAAGAAGGACCCUGACAUUGAGAUCAACUACCUGUUCCUCUUGGGGGACUAUCUCCCUGUGUCGUGGGGGAGGAAGAAGAAGGGGGUCAUGCCCUACAACUUCCAGCAUAACUACUUCUUUCUGCUGGGACCCCCUCUUCUAUUACCAAUUUAUUUUCACCUGGAAAACUUUUAUUUUGUCUUUAAAAGAAAAGAUUGGUGGGACUUGAUGUGGACCACAUUGUUCUUCAUGAAGCUGUCGUGGGUGUACUCACCCUUGCUGGGACACUGGGGGACCUUCUGGUUCUACAUGCUCGUCAGGAUGGUGGAGAGCCACUGGUUUGUGUGGGUCACACAGAUGAGUCAUCUACCCAACGAGGUGGAGCACGACAAGAAGCUGGACUGGGUGCACCUGCAGCUGGCCACCACAAGCAACGCAGAGCCCAGCACCUUCAACGACUGGUUCACUGGCCAUCUCAACUACCAGAUAGAGCACCACCUAUUUCCCACGAUGCCUCGCCACAACUACGCCAAGGUGAUGCCCCUCGUCAAGUCACUAUGCAAGAAACAUGGUGUCACAUACAGAUGCAAAACACUAUACAGAUCGUUUGCAGACAUAUACUGGUCCCUGAAGAAAUCGGGGCAACUGUGGUAUGAUGCAUAUCAUGAAUGAAGGCCAACAUAAUGUGCCAUAUCAUGCACCAGGCCUCCAUGGACUGCCGGAUUGUCACCUGCCAGCUCUGAGGUGCAGGGUGGAGCCACAUGUCAGAGGACAAGAGGAUCCUUGUAUUUGGAGUGGAUCCAUAACAUAUUCUCUUCUGUGUGCAUUGUUACCAUGGUCCUGCCAUAAAGUACUCAAUGAUAGGAAAACUUGUUUCUGUUAAAGGCCUCUUAUUCAAAUUUCACUAUAAUUUAUCAGUAUUUUAUUUCUAAUCCUUCCAAUCUAGACAUGUCAUGUUUUGGUGAUCAGGGGAGGGGUCAGUAACUGUUAGCGAUAUGUGGUAUUGAUUUCGUAACACUGGUUUCCUAUGUCCCUUCUAAGUUUGUCCUGGGUGUGUAGACAGAGUUGGUGUUGUUAAGGAGGGUUUGAGUGUCAAAUUCUACAAUUCAGUAAUCCAAACAAAGCUGCUAAUGAUUGUCUGGCAGAAACACUGAUGGUGCUGUAACAGUUCUGUGAAGGAAUAGGGUGCAAAUUGAGGAACAGGGUUUAGCACCUCAUCCAGCAAAGUGAUCUUAGCUGUACCACUGUAGUAAGUUUAAGUUGACUUUUUCUCUCCAAAAAAUAAAAUGUGAAUUCUUUUUACAUGUAAAUGAUAUUUCAGUCGAGUUUUUAUUCCAUGAACCAGAAAUAAGUAAUAUGUUAAAAAAAUGCUCCUUUAAUGAAUGUUUGCUGUCUGUAUACAUUAAUUAAUGAAAUACUAUUUUUAAAGCUUGUUGAAAUUUAUAUUACAAUAUUUAAAUCACAACAAACUAAGACAAGUCCCUAUGCCCCCUCCCCUCUUAAUAAGCCCCUUAGAGAAAAUAAACUAAGUGUUUGAAAUUGUAAUGUAAAAACAAAACAAUGUGGACCUAUCUGACCUGCAAUUUUGGGCCAAAACAAUGAAAACCAAAAAGACAAAGUCUGGCCUAGCCAUGAUAUCAUAAGAAUGGUGUAUAAUCUCUGGUCCGUGAUGCUAUUUACACCAAGACAGUUUGGUAGUGUAUAUAUAAUUGUGGGCAUUACUGUGUGAUCAGGAUUGAUGAAUGUGCCAAGCCCUAGCAACAUUGACUGGUGUCCACAUUUUGAAUACAGUUUUGAAAUAUUCUCUGUAUAUUUCUAUUCAUUUGUAAUAUACAAAAACAUGAAUUUAUAGAAUUGAUUCCUUAACUAUAGCCUGACAAAUAAUUUGUCAUUCUAAGACAAGUGGAAGUGAAUAAAUAUUAUUUUCGCUGAUUAUUACCAACACUUCCUGCAAGGAAGCCCCUUUUAAAAACACUGGUUGAUAGUCCUGAGCAAUGGUCAAUGUCCCACAGAGCCGCGUAAUAUCUACAUGUCUGUAGUGUCCAUGGUCAUUCAAAGGGGAGAUUUCCAAAAUUGAAUCUUGUGUGUAUUUUAAUGUGAUUAAAUCUCACUGAAUUUAAAAAAAUAAUUUGGGUAUCAGGGUAGAGAGGAGAGCUCGAGGAUCGUUGGCCUGGGUGAGUUGUCUACCUUAGGGAGCUAGGUUCAUCUGCCUUCUGUUCAUUUCAUGGGAUCUUAUUUGAUUCCUGUCUGGCAGUCAAUAACAAGUCUGUUGUUUCCAAUCUGUCACCGUGUCAGUAAUUGUCAGUAUAUUUUGUUUAGAAAAAUGACUGUUAUCCACAAUAGACUACCUCAAACCUUCGAUUACGCUCAUUCAUUAUAAUGUAUACCUCUGUUGACAGCAUUGUCAGAAACAGGCAGUUGACAUCAUGGACGUGUGUCAGGAAGUGUACUGGUAGAAUUUUCCAUUUGUAACAUACAAGUUAAACACUCAUUCAACAGCUGCUAGACUUGGCCUGGUAGAAGACACACUAGCUACAUCCUCACUACACCUUCUGGUUUGAACUCCUAAGCCCAGAUUAUGAAUCAGAAUUACCUCCUCCUUCAGUGCACAGACAAGCCCUGAUUUCCGUUUAUGUAGUUGUAGGAUACUGGUGCUCAAUGCUACAUGGCCCAUGAGCCCACGAGGGGAGUGUACAUGUGGGCUAGGUGUUACUCAGUACUGAAAUUACAUAUGUAUUUGUUACCAGGUCUGUGUUAAUGUAAUGCACUCAGCUCAAUCUAGAUUUACUAUCUUGUUUUGUUAUGUUUGACAAUUUGCUGUUGACCUUGAUAGACUUUUGUGUGUGCAUCAGCAUUAUCAUGUACGUUCUCCUGUCUCUACGUGACAUUAUUUAUGUUUUGUUGCAACUAGUUGUGUUGAACCAGGCAUGUGGAAGUGGAGGGUGUUACAAGUCGUACUGCUCUUACUCCCAUACGGCUGAUUGUGCAGUCAGUUAAAAUCAUGGUCAGUUAUCAAAUAAUGUAGUUAAACCUUGUAAAGGCCAUAACUUGAUUGAGCAGUGAUGAUGGCCAAUUCCUUGUAGCUCAUGUGUCAUGUUUUAUUCCCACAACAUUUUCUUUAUGAUGAUGUGAGUUUUUAUGUGUGCUCCUGUUAGUGUGUCCUUUGCACAUAGCCCCCGUCUUAGGACAACUAAAGCCAUGUGUCCAGCCACAUAUACACUCAGUCAUAUAAACCCACCCAUCUCAGUGCCCUGUGGACAUGGUGGAGGAGUACAAGAAUGUGCAUUCCAUCAAGUAAAUUCUGUAUUGUUUAUGGCCAUAUUUUUAAGUGUUCCAUCUUGGUCUUACGUUUAUCACUAUCAGAUUUCUGACAAAUAUGUGGUUCAUUUCUGCAUUUUAUAAUGCUUUUUGAAAUGACUACUAUGUCCCUGAUGCAACUCUAUAUAGUCCUUAAGUUGACCCAUUUCAGAUGGAGUGAUGCAGUUUGUAAUUCAACUAGCAAUUUGUAUUUUUAUCAUUUCAUGUUAUGUGAGAAAACCUCAUAUCGGUACUGCUCUGCAUGCUGGGACUACGAGCUGUUGUCUCUGUUACUGCUCUGCAUGCUGGGACUACGCACUGCUGUGUCUGGUACUGCUCUGCAUGCUGGGACUACGAGCUGCCGUGCGGUGUCUGGUACUGCUCUGCAUGCUGGGACUAUGAGCUGCUGUGUCUGUUACUGCUCUGCAUGCUGGAACUACGAGCUGUUGUCUCUUUUACUGCUCUGCAUGCUGGGACUACGCACUGCUGUGUCUGGUACUGCUCUGCAUGCUGAGACUAUGAGCUGCUGUGUCUGGUACUGCUCUGCAUGCUGGAACUACGAGCUGCUGUGUCUGGUACUGCUCUGCAUGCUGGAACUACGAGCUGCUGUGUGGUGUCUGGUAGUGCUCUGCAUGCUGAGACUAUGAGCUGCUGUGUCUGGUACUGCUCUGCAUGCUGGAAUUACGAGCUGCUGUGUCUGGUACUGCUCUGCAUGCUGGAACUACGAGCUGCUGUGUGGUGUCUGGUACUGCUCUGCAUGCUGAGACUGAGCUGCGGUCUCUGGUACUGCUCUGCAUGCUGAGACUACGAGCUGCUGUGUCUGUUACUGCUCUGCAUGCUGGAACUAUGAGCUGCUGUGUGGUGUCUGGUAGUGCUCUGCAUGCUGAGACUGAGCUGCGGUCUCUGGUACUGCUCUGCAUGCUGAGACUACGAGCUGCUGUGUCUGUUACUGCUCUGCAUGCUGGAACUAUGAGCUGCUGUGUGGUGUCUGGUAGUGCUCUGCAUGCUGAGACUAUGACCUGCUGUCUCUGUUACCGCCCUGCAUGCUGGGACAAGAGCUGCCGUGCGGUGUCUGGUACUGCUCUGCAUGCUGGGACUACGAGCUGCUGUGUCUGGUACUGCUGUGCAUGCUAGGACUAUGAGCUGCUGUGUGGUGUCUGGUACUGCUCUGCAUGCUGGGACUACAAACUGCAGUCUCUGUUACUGCUCUGCAUGCUGAGACUAUGAGCUGCUGUCUCUGUUUCUGCCCUGCAUGCUGAGACUACAAACUGCUGUGUGGUGUCUGGUACUGCUCUGCAUGCUGAGACUAUGAGCUGCUGUCUCUGUUACUGCUCUGCAUGCUGGGACUAUGAGCUGCUGUCUCUGUUACUGCUCUGCAUGCUGGGACUACGAGCUGCUGUCUCUGUUACUGCUCUGCAUGCUGGGACUAUGAGCUGCUGUGUGGUGUCUGGUUCUGCUCUGCAUGCUGGGACUACGAGCUGCUGUCUCUGUUACUGCUCUGCAUGCUGGGACUACGAGCUGCUGUCUCUGUUACUGCUCUGCAUGCUGGGACUACGAGCUGCUGUCUCUGUUACUGCUCUGCAUGCUGGGACUACAAACUGCUGUGUGGUGUCUGGUAGUGUUCUGCAUGCUGAGACUAUGAGCUGCUGUCUCUGUUACUGCUCUGCAUGCUAGGACUAUGAGCUGCUGUGUCUGGUACUGCUCUGCAUGCUAGGACUAUGAGCUUCCGUGCGGUGUCUGGUACUGCUCUGCAUGCUGAGACUAUGAGCUGCUGUGUCUGGUACUGCUCUGCAUGCUAGGACUAUGAGCUGCUGUGUGGUGUCUGGUACUGCUCUGCAUGCUGAGACUAUGAGCUGCUGUCUCUGUUACUGCUCUGCAUGCUGGGACUACGAGCUGCUGUGUCUGGUACUGCUCUGCAUGCUGGGACUACAAACUGCUGUCUCUGUUACUGCUCUGCAUGCUGGGACUACAAACUGCUGUGUGGUGUCUGGUACUGCUCUGCAUGCUGAGACUAUGAGCUGCUGUCUCUGUUACUGCUCUGCAUGCUGGGACUACGAGCUGCUGUCUCUGUUACUGCUCUGCAUGCUGGGACUACAAACUGCUGUGUGGUGUCUGGUAGUGCUCUGCAUGCUGAGACUAUGAGCUGCUGUCUCUGUUACUGCUCUGCAUGCUGGGACUACGAGCUGCUGUGUCUGGUACUGCUCUGCAUGCUGGGACUACGAGCUGAGGUCUUUGGUACUGCUCUGCAUGCUGGGACUAUGAGCUGCUGUGUCUGGUUCUGCACUCCAUACUUGGGCUACGAGCUGCUGUGUCUAUUACUGCUCUGCAUACUUGGGCUACGAGCUGCUGUGUCUAUUACUGCUCUGCAUGCUGGAACUAUGAGCUGCUGUGUCUAUUACUGCUCUGCAUGCUGGAACUAUGAGCUGCUGUGUCUAUUACUGCUCUGCAUGCUGGAACUAUGAGCUGCUGUGUAUAUUACUGCUCUGCAUGCUGGGACUACGAGCUGCUGUGUCUGGUACUGCUCUGCAUGCUGGGACUACGAGCUGCUGUGUCUAUUACUGCUCUGCAUGCUGGAACUAUGAGCUGCUGUGUCUGGUACUGCUCUGCAUGCUGGGACUACGAGCUGCUGUGUCUAUUACUGCUCUGCAUGCUGGGACUACGAGCUGCUGUGUCUAUUACUGCUCUGCAUGCUGGGACUAUGAGCUGCUGUGUCUGGUACUGCUCUGCAUGCUGGGACUACGAGCUGCUGUGUCUAUUACUGCUCUGCAUGCUGGGACUAUGAGCUGCUGUGUCUAUUACUGCUCUGCAUGCUGGGACUAUGAGCUGCUGUGUCUAUUACUGCUCUGCAUGCUGGGACUACGAGCUGCUGUGUCUAUUACUGCUCUGCAUGCUGGGACUAUGAGCUGCUGUGUCUAUUACUGCUCUGCAUGCUGGGACUACGAGCUGCUGUGUGGUGGCCAGACACAUGAUAUGUUGAGAUGUCAUUAUGGCAAGUUCCCGGAACGGGUGAAAUGGGUCACAGUGAGUGCUGUUGUGAGCUGCAGGGAAACAUCCUAUUCCCCUUACCCUAGGAAUGAAUUUUGACAUCAUGUUUUUGUAUGCUUGAUUCCUAUGUUCCUUGUUAUAUAGAUAAUGUGGCUGUCACAGUGAGCCUGAAGAAGGUGAAUGGUCAGUAUAUGUCACAUGCUUCUGGAACUGGAGACAGUGUCUUGUUUCCAUGAUUGAAACCAUAUUUGUAUACUUCUAUUUCCUCCAAAUGUUAAUGAAACAACCCAUGUUGUACGUGUCAUCUGAAUCCUGGCUGUGUGUAGUUGUGGCUCGGUGGCACAGAAGAUGCUUCGCUUUUUGACAGCUGUACGUUAUAUAUGUUCUGCCUCAGUUGGCAUGUAUAAUGUUUCAAAUAAAUUUAUACACUAGA